UGUCACCUCUAACAUCUCAGACAUGUAUUUCAUCGGCAAGCUGUUCAGUGGGGGAGAGAAGCUGACAAAACAGGAGGAGACGGAGACUCUGUCAGACAGAGAGGAGUUGCUGAUGAAGAAAAGGGAAUUUCUGAGGAAGAAGGUUGACCAGGAGUUUCUGUUUGCCAAGAACAACAGCAGGAAGAACAGACGAGCUGCUCUGCAGGCGCUGAGGAGAAAGAAGUGGUAUGAGAAACAUCUGAAGUACAUCGACUGCGCUGUGAAGGCCAUGAAGUCUGCUCAUGCACACUUAGAGAUUGUCAACAAGCUGAAUGACGUGAUGAAGAACAUCACAGAGGAGCCCGAUCUGACCCAGGACAUAUCCGAAACCCUCCUCAGUUCUGCAGGCUUUGAAGUGGAAUUUGAUGAGGACGAGCUGCUGGCAGAGCUGCAGAGGCUGGAGAUGAGUGUGGAUGAGAGUGUCCUUAAUAAAGACAAAACAGAGAAGAGACUGUCGUCCACUGCAUCACCUUCUCAACCUGCCAUGACAGAGGAAGAGGACAUUGAAGGAGAUUUAGAGCGACUGAGGAGCUGGGCGAGUGCUCCCUCAUAGACACAUCAGCCACAAACACAGGCAGUCAGAGGAAAGGAUGGAAUAAAUAAGCAGAAAUUAAUGGAUUCUUAUGGGAGUUUUGUGAGAGCAUUACAUGUAAUGCGUAAGCUAAUACAGAAAAAUCAUUUAUAUUGAAGUA